GCUGUCUGAGCCGCCAUGCUGAGCGCCACGUGCCACGUGCUCGCCCAGGUGCUGCGGAAGCCACGCGCACCAUCUAGGGUCGCCUGGAGAUGUCUGCCGGUGCCCGGGGCCAGGUCCUGCGCGGGCCAAAGCGAGAAGGCUGGAGAGCCCCGCACCUUCCACCCGGCACUGCUGCGGGUUUUGGUGUGUCCGCUCUCCAAGAAGCCGCUUAGAUAUGAAGCAUCAACAAAUGAAUUAAUUAAUGAUGAGUUGGGAAUAGCGUAUCCAAUCAUUGAUGGGAUCCCGAAUAUGAUACCACAGGCAGCAAGGACAACACGUCAGGAUAAGAAGCAAGAAGAAGCUGAGCAGCACUAGACCUUGAUGGUUAUAACUACAGAGUUCUCUCACACUGUGUGUCUUUAAAAUGGGGAGUGGGGAGGGAAGGGUUUUGCUGGGGAAGAACAGUGACUUCUCCACUGCCUGCUGGACUGAUCCACUGCUCUUAUAAAGCAGGACUAUUCUGGUCUGCCUUUGCAGAGGGGAAUUUCCCGUGGGCUGCACCAGCACAGCCAAGCUUUGCUUUUACAGUGUGCCUCUGCCACCUACCAUGCCAGUGUGUGUAUGCUUCUACCUUUGCACCCAGAUGGGUCUCAAGUCGUCGAGCAUAGUUAACCCAACCA